CUAACGACAGGGUCAGCGGAAGUGACGCGGCUGCGGUCGCACAGCGCGAGCGCUUCCUCGCCUGGUUUCAGUUUUGUGCACACGCGCCAGGCGCUCUGAUUUAUUGUCGAUGAGGCGCAGCGAGGAGCCUCCUGCUGCACCAUCCUAAUCAUCAUCAUCAUCAUCAUCAUCAUUUAAUGACCAAUUAAUAUCAAUACUCACCCGGGAACUCACAGUAACAUCUCCAAAUCUCAACAGUUUGUCUGGGUAUAACAGACAACCAAACGCAGACACAUCCGCUGGAGCUCGAGGGGGAACUAAGGUGAGACAGCAGACGAAGACAAACUUUUAGCACACUGACAGCAGUUUGCAUUUCCAUCUUUCCUGGUGAGUGCCUCUCCUGUAUUCCGUACAUCAUGCCUCGUUCUUUCCUGGUGAAAAAGCGUCGGAAGGGGGGCUCUCCCCUCCCUACAGACUGUAUGCCAUGUCUGGGUGUAAUCAGCUGCACAGGCGCGGGAACUCAAGAAAAGCCAGAGCCCAAUGUUGAGGCUUCAUCUAUACAGCAGAUGAAGACGCAGCGAGACUGGACAACAGGUUUAAAUGAAUUUCCUUUAUCGAUUCCCUGGCAUCAGAUUCAAGCCAGCAACACAGAGGACAAACAGGACACGGGAAGCAUUUUUAAGUCCAGCAGUAAAGACAGAGAUUAUUCAGUGAUCAGCUCCUCUGUAAUACGCUGUCAUUUUUGUGGCAAGAACUUCUCUUUCCUUUCUGAAUUGGAGGUUCAUUAUUUCAAGUGUCGUGAAAGUCACAAGUCGCCCGUAGUCUGUAUUAACAGCACCGAAGCCGUGACACCACACAGAACAAAGGAGCGAACGUUCGAGUGUAAGGUGUGUGGGAAGCUGUUUAAACGCUCCUCCACUCUCUCAACACACUUGCUGAUCCACUCAAACACAAGGCCGUACCCCUGCCAGUACUGCGGCAAAAGAUUCCACCAGAAAUCAGAUAUGAAGAAACACACCUUUAUUCACACAGGAGAGAAGCCACAUGUAUGCCGGGUGUGUGGCAAAGCCUUCAGCCAGAGCUCUAAUCUAAUCACACACAGCAGAAAGCACUACAGACCCUACAGCUGAGCGCAUGUGUGCACACAAUUCUCAGUUUCUCCUUGUAAAUAUCACACUUUGAUGAACUUUCAUAAACAUUUAACAGAAGAUAAAAUGGGUCACAGAUCACAGAAA